AAUUAGUGAAACAAAGGCAAUUUCCUAUUUCAUGUGAUUAAAUAUAAGAACUGAAAAUAUGGAGGCAGGCAGAAGGCAUCCUCAAACCCGCCGUUCCUCCUUGAAAAAACAGAAACACAACAGAGGAGUAGGCAGUGGGAGGGAAUUACUGAGAAGAGUAUUUCUACCCUUUUCAUUUUCCUUGGAAAGAAGAGUAUAGGCAUAGGUACAGAAAAGCAGAGAGAAGAAAGGGGGAGAAAGUGAGGUGUGCUUUGUAAAGAUCGUCAUUGAAAACAAGAAACAGCUUUUACGGAGAAGAGGGCCAAGGAAAGAUAAAAAUGAAGUACGUUUUGGUGACUGGUGGCGUGGUUAGUGGACUUGGCAAAGGGGUUACAGCCAGUAGUAUCGGUUUACUCCUUAAAGCUUGUGGCCUUCGAGUAACUUCUAUCAAGAUUGACCCUUACCUAAAUACUGACGCGGGGACCAUGUCUCCAUUUGAGCAUGGGGAGGUCUUUGUAUUAGAUGAUGGUGGUGAGGUGGAUUUGGACCUUGGGAACUAUGAGCGGUUUCUAGAUAUCAAACUAACCCGUGACAACAAUAUCACAACUGGAAAAAUAUAUCAGUCUGUGAUUGAUAAAGAGAGAAAAGGAGAUUAUCUUGGAAAGACGGUGCAGGUAGUUCCACACAUUACUGAUGCCACCCAAGAAUGGAUAGAACGUGUAGCAAAGGUACCAGUGGAUGGAAAAGAAGGUCCAGCUGAUGUUUGUGUCAUUGAAUUAGGUGGAACUAUAGGGGACAUUGAAUCUAUGCCAUUCAUUGAAGCACUUCGCCAGUUCUCUUACCGUGUAGGCCCUGGCAAUUUCUGCUUGAUCCAUGUCAGCCUUGUUCCUGUUAUAAAUGUGGUUGGUGAACAGAAAACAAAGCCUACCCAGCAUAGUGUUCGUGGGCUAAGGGGACUUGGGUUGACACCAAACAUUUUAGCUUGUCGUAGCACUAAGGAACUUGAUGAGAAUGUUAAGUUAAAACUCUCUCAAUUUUGCCAUGUGCCGGUUGAAAACAUUGUCACUCUAUAUGACGUUCCCAACAUUUGGCACAUCCCUCUGCUGCUGAGAGAUCAGAAGACACAUGAAUCGAUCUUGAAAGAACUGAACCUUCAAGGCAUUGCCAGGGAGCCUGAUUUGCAUGAGUGGACAGUUAGGACAACAGUUUGUGACAUGCUGCAUGAUCCUGUUAGGAUUGCUAUGGUGGGAAAAUACACAGGUCUUUCAGAUUCCUACCUCUCUGUUUUGAAGGCUCUUUUGCAUGCUUCUGUUGCUUGCCACCGGAAACUUAUUGUAGAAUGGGUUGCGGCAGGUGAUCUAGAAGAUGCUACAGCAAAAAAGGCUCCUGAUGUUUAUAAAGCUGCAUGGGAUCUUUUAAAGGGAGCUGAUGGAAUUCUAGUUCCAGGGGGAUUUGGUGAUAGAGGGGUACAAGGGAAAAUUCUUGCUGCAAAAUAUGCUCGUGAGAACAGAGUUCCAUUCCUGGGCAUUUGCUUGGGGAUGCAAAUUGCUGUCAUUGAAUUUGCUCGAUCUGUUCUUGGUUUAUAUGAUGCAAACAGUACAGAAUUUGAUCCUGAUACUUCAAAUCCAUGUGUCAUAUUUAUGCCUGAGGGUUCAAAAACUCAAAUGGGAGGAACCAUGCGUUUGGGAUCAAGGAGGACAUUUUACAAGGUUCCUGAUUGUAAAUCUGCAAAAUUGUAUGGCAAUGUCAGCUUUGUUGACGAGAGACAUCGGCAUAGAUAUGAGGUCAAUCCUGACAUGAUAUCCCGAUUUGAAAAAGCUGGUUUAUCAUUUGUUGGCAGAGAUGAAACUGGUUGGCGCAUGGAGAUUGUUGAGUUGCUCGGUCAUCCAUAUUUUGUUGGUGUUCAGUUCCAUCCUGAAUUCAAGUCUAGGCCAGGAAAACCUUCUGCUCUUUUCUUAGGACUUAUAGCUGCAGCAUGCGGGCAAUUGGAAGUUGUCCUACAAAAGUAUGGCCAUGCAAGCAAGCUAUUACCAAAUGGAAUGAGCAAUGGAAAAUCAACAGUGAAAGUCUACCAAAAUGGUAAUGGUUUCAAGUCUUGCAAUGGUUCAAUUAAUGGUGUGUACAGCAAUGGAAAUGGUGUGCAUUUUUAGGGAAGCACAAACAAUUGACUUAGCAAUGCACCUCCGACUAGGAUCAGUUUGUCGAAGCACUUUUGGUUGCCUUCGGUUAUGUUUGUACAGCAGCUGAGUACGGGGUGGACAUUUUUUGAUUUCUCAAGUGAUGUAUUUUAGGAUGAAGCAAGCUGAAGCAUGAAAGACAAACGCUUGUAGGGGCCUAAGGUCCGGCAUCAGCCUCUUUAGAUGCAGUAGCUGUGUCUUUCUGGGAAUUUUUGCUUUGUCUUUGAAGGAAUAUGUUACCAAAAGUUUACUCUUCUAGGAGACCAUUUUAUAGAAGUCAAUGUUGGUUGCAAUGAUGCAAAUACACCCUAGUACAUGUUCCUCGGCACUGAGGACAUCCUCUAAGAGUGGGGAUUUGGUGACAUUUUUGAUAGGCUGUCUUGUAUUUCUAAUAAGUUGUUUAAUAGUUGGCAUGUUGAAUCGUAUGCAUAGCACACUUUUUUACCCAAAAUUUUCCUUGUGAUGCAAUUUGUUCACUCCCCCAACCCCCCUCUCUUUUCUGUGUUUUUUUGAAAUUAACCACUUUAGUACAUAUUUCAAAGCCUUGUGAAAUUAAAUUCUUUAAUUUUUUUAGCAAAGAAAACGUUCAAUUUAUUUAAUUUAUAAUUUAUUAGUCUUAUUGACAAAGACUAUGAUAAGUUAACUGACGUUUUACAUUACAUGUGAAAUAUGACAGUUAGAAGCUCCUUCACUAUGUCAAUAAUAAGGCAUAAUUUGAUUGUUCACCAAGAGAAAAUGGAUUUCAACCUUUUUGUUAUGUAGCCAAGUAAACUAUCCAGUUUCUGACCUUAUAUAGAAAAAGAAGUAUUUUGAUUUCUUUUAUUAAUAUUUAACACCUAACAUUUAUAUUUGUUAAUAUUUAGUUCCUAAUCUCUAUUAAAUUGGUCUAAGCUACGGAUGCCAAACACAAGAAUGGAUGGCCGAGUAGAUGCAAUAGAGAGGAAUGUAGCAGCACUGAAGAGAGUCUUCCAAAGAGAACAUCAAUUAAGUUGGAUGGAAUUGAAAUGAUGGUGGCCGACCUAACCAAUCUUAUCAAAGAUAAAGAAACAAAAGGGAGAAGUUCUGGAUCUCGGGAGAAAUAAGGGGGGGUCCUCUAUUUGUGAGCAUCUUCUUCUUCUUCACAAGUGGAAACAAAACAACCCUGCUAUUACAAUCUGAUGACUCUCAACUUACUGCUAAAAGUUGAAGCACCUAAACUUUGAAGGAGCAGGAUGGUUGACUAGAGUUGAGCAAUACUUUUUAGUUCAUAAUAUACUCGAUGAAAAAGGAGGUGGCAUUAGCCUUGGUCUGUAUUAAAGGUUCUUCCUUGCACUGGAUGAGAUGAGCGAAGCAAAGAACACCAACAAUGACUUAGGAAAGGAUGUCUUUAAAACUUCUACAGCGCUCCGGUGGUGAUGAAUAUAUAAGCCCAUACGAGAGAUUAGCGACAAUACAAUAGGAAUGAUCGGUGGAGACUUAGAAAAAUUGAUUGAAUGCGCUUCCCAAGUUCCAGGGAUUCCUGACUAGCAUUACCUGGGACAUUUAUUGAAAGGAUUGAAAACUGAUAUUCGAGUGAGAAUAAGAUCCUAUGAGCAACUGAUUUACUCUGCAUCAUCGAAGUAGCGAGGGAAGUUGAAAUGGAGCUGAUACAUGUCUUUGGGUUGAAGGAGAUGAAGGGAAAAAAUGGAAGAGUACAGAGGAAGAGGUAGAGGGACCCAUGGGCAGAGACAUUAUGUUAGGUUCUCCCUGACAAGGCCUCAAAGACCAAUUUGUUUAAAACCCAACCAACCAACCAACCUUGGGCCAUCCUAAAGACCAAAACCAGCUAGAAAAAAAUAACCCAGGUCCAUUAGUGUUACCUGCUCUAUUGAAUCAAAUAGAAGUAAAGGGAAUGGGACUAUCAAACACAGGAGAAAAGAACACUAUUCUCAUUAGCAGUUUGUAGAACUAAGAGCUAAGGGUCUAUGUUAUCAACACUGAAGUAGCCGUAUCACCCGACGCAUGAGGGCCCAAAUAAGCCAUUGACAUGCUCACAGAAACAAGAGAGGACAGACUGAAGGAGAAAACAAGGGAGAUGGACGAAAUUCACAAAGGGUAAAUUGUGAUGCUUGAUCUUCCUUUUUAUUCUGUAGGCAAAAUUUUCGGUUUGCGAACUACGAAAAUAUGAGGAAAUUUAUAAGGGCAAUCGAUAAUCAUUAUGAUAGAUAGUAGACCUAGCCAUAAUUUUGCAGUUGAUCGAUUAGUGGCAGAGAUAAAGCUUCUGGUUGUGCGAACACCUUCUUUUGGGGUAAGAUUCGAUGAUGGGACUUUGUGCUGAAUCCUCAGGUAUGUGUUCAAACUUAAUGAUUUCUCUAAAUAGCAUGGUGAUUUGCCCAAAAUUGUUAUUUAUUUGCUUUGGGUGGAGUGGAUAUGAUAUUCGAUAUUGCUUGAUUGGAACAACUGGAUAAUGUACAGGUUAACUGGGUUAAAAUGACAGUAAAAUCUUUUCCCCAAGGAGAAAGGGUUAACCUGCAAGGCGAUCCGUCAUUGACCAGAGCUUUAAUCUCAGUUUCAGCUUUAGAAAAAUUGGUUCAAGUUGAAUUUUGUGCUGGAUUAUGGUUAAUAGAAGGGAAAUAGGCCAUUCAUGAACUGAAUCAGGAACUAAAAAUACGAAUCAGAAGGAGCAAAUGCAAAUCCAUAGUUGAAAAAUUCCGAGGAGUGCCCUUAUGAGUGUUAGACCAUGUUAUAUUGUUAAUACAACAUAAUCAUGUUAUAUUGAAAAA